CAAAUAGAGACAAUGCUGGAGAAACUCCGCAGGUCUGGCAGCAUCAGUGCAGCGAGAGACAAGUGUGAAAGUUUCGAGAUCGAAAUAAUUUUCUUCGGAGACGCAUCUUUUUCCGAAGCAGAUUAUAUCGGACGCGAAACCACGACUUUUGUUUCUUUCUCCAUAGAUAGUUCAUUAAGCACUUCCGGCUUUGCUUUUAAAUCUCAAACAAUUAUUCUUGGUUGGAAUAUUCCUGGUAGAUUGUAGAACAAGACCAUUGUUUGUCAGCUGGGCCAUUGCGUAUGGAACAUGCUUUUUGUAAGUCGGACUUUGCCCAUCGCUCUGAAUGCCAAUGGCAGGCAAAUUCUCAGACUGAGCUGCCUUGUGAAGCCCGGGUUCCCGUGCCUCAGGAAAUGUUUCCAGCAAGUUGCCAGGCCUGCAUUUUUCUGGUCUCCCUCUGCCAACCUCCUUGCUGGCACACCAAAGCAUGUACGUACCUACGUAGCCAGCGCGGAGAUGGUGGAAACACUUUUUGCACAGAGCUCGCUGCAGGCCUACUUGAGGAAGCUGGAACAGGAGUACACGGAGUCUGUGCAGAGGCUUAAUUCCACACACACAUCUACCAGAGAGGUGGAGGGGGAAAGGACAAAGCUGCUGAGGAGGAGAGUGACUGAGUUGGCACCGGUGAUAAUGGAACUUCAGCAACUGAAGCUCAAAAUGCAGGAGCUGCAGGACAUUGAGGCACUGCUGAAAGAUGAAGAUAUUGAUUUGAAGAGACUUGCUGAAACUGAAGAGAGUUCAUGUCAGGAAACCAUCCAGUUUCUAAAGUCCAAGAUAAUUUCACUCCUGAUCCCCACUGAAGAAGCAGACGAUAAUGAUCUGAUUCUGGAGGUGACUGCGGGAGUCGGGGGACAGGAGGCCAUGUUGUUUACUGCUGAGAUGUUCGAAAUGUACCAGAAUUACGCCUCCUACAAAAACUGGCAGUUUGAGGUUCUGGAUUACUGCCACAGCGAUAUUGGGGGCCUGCGUCAUGCUGCAGCUAGUGUGAGUGGCCCGGAGACUUACAAACACAUGAAGUACGAGGGGGGAGUGCAUAGAGUCCAGCGGAUUCCCAAAACUGAAAAACAAGGCAGGACUCACACCAGCACAAUGACUGUCGCCAUCCUACCACAGCCCACUGAGAUUGACAUGACCAUCAACCCCAAGGAUCUGCGGAUAGAGACAAAACGGGCAAGUGGAGCUGGUGGUCAGCAUGUGAACACGACAGACAGUGCGGUUCGCAUCCUGCACAUCCCAACAGGUGUGGCAGCUGAGUGCCAGCAGGAAAGGUCCCAGCUGAAAAAUCGAGAAAAGGCGAUGCAGAUGCUGCGAGCGAAACUAUACAGCAUGAAGCUGGAGGAGCAGACUAACAAGAGACAUUAUGCUCGAAAGAUUCAGAUUGGGACCAAGGGAAGGUCGGAAAAAAUCCGGACGUACAAUUUCCCUCAAGAUAGGAUUACCGAUCAUCGGACUGGCAAGUCAUUUCAUGACUUGAGGACUUUCAUGAUGGGUGAGGAGCUCUUGGAUGAGAUGGUUGAAGAUCUGAAGAGUCUGGCAGACAGUGAAUCCCUUCUCGAGUUCCUGGAACAAAGUACAUCGAGCCAGCAAAAUGAGCAAAGACAUCAGUGAGGUCUCAGAACGGGCACUUUUUAAACUCUCAGUGAAAAGGUACCCCUCACAGUUCGAUCUAGGUUUGUACAGAGUUCCACUAACUUGUCCCUCAGCCAUUUUUUUGUCACUUCAGGACAGGAGUAUUCGGACACAUUCAUCCACAGCUUCCCAUAUUCAAGUCUGGAACUUCCCACCUAAAAGCACUAUGGGUGUAUACUCCCCAUAUGGACUUCAGUGGUUCAAGGAGGCAUUUCAUUACUAUCAGCUAAAUGAGCAUAAGGGAUGGGCAAUAAAUCCAGCCUUGUAAUCAACUCAUGAACAUAUAAAUAAAUAUUUGCCAGUGUUGA